AUGGGCAUCCGAGAACGGGGCAGUGCAGCAGUGAAGCCGACUGCAAAGAUUCCUUUCGGUUUUUCACUGAUUUGUGUGGUGAUUGCAUCCUUCACGUGUGGGUGGAUUGCCUGCUUCUUGUGGGCCGAAGUGGCUUUAGCCGCUACGGAUUGGCGCCUUGGACUGGAGCUGUCAGCUUGGUCCGUGCCAACACCUCCAGUUGCUUCUUACAGUUCUGGGUCAGUGUCUUCAGACGAUGACGAGCUGGAAGCGGACGAGGGGAUGCCACCUAUGCCACACUUUGCAGGCGAAGUGGCGUCUGAGGUGGAGUCUGAGAUGAUCGAGGACUCAUUCACUAAGGUUGGGCUGAGGGCAGUGAGCUCAUCGGACCAGAGGCUUUGGCAAGACCGUUUGAGCUGGGAGCGCAAAUGCGCUUGCAAGAAGUGGUGCUCUUUGAUCCUUAUGAAGCUCAGCGCCUGGGCUAUUGGACGAACUGUGGCAGCUGGCAGUGGGGUCCAGUACGCUCGCGGUGGGCUCAUGGAAUCUGUGGUGGACUCUUUGGCCAGCCGUGCCACGGCAACUUUGCAUUGCAGAGCUGGUCCAUUGCUGAAAUUUGCCAAGUAUUGGCGUGACAGGGGUGUUGAGUUUUUCCCCAUUCAAGAGGACAUGGUGUACCAGUACAUAAAGGCGCAAACUGGCUGGGCUCCUACAGCACCUCGAUCACUACUGAUUUCGCUGUCUUUUGCAUUCCAUGUUUUUGGAUUGGCAGGUGGAGAUGUUGCAGCAAAGUCGGCGCGUAUCAAGGGUGUAGCUGACUCGCACUAUGCUGACCGCCGUAAGAUUGUGCAGUACAGUGAUGGUUUGCAACUGGUUGAUUUGCACAUUGAUGCACAUGAAACUGGAGCGGGAGAGGGAAAUCCAGAUGAAGAGGAGGCCGUGGUAUCUGAACUGGUUGGUCAUUGGGCCCCGCCCACAACUGGCACAGCAGAUCAGCAGUACGCCAGACACAGGGACCUCGAAGCAAUGUCUUACGGUGACAGCUCUGCGGUGUUCGAGCAACGUGCUCUACACAUGGGACUUGAAGCCUCAGUCUUAAAGAUGUUUGUGGAUAAGGGAUACAAAAACAUGGCUUUGUUUGCAUUCAGCUGCAAUUAUGCUCCUGGGGCGGCCAGUGACAAGCCCUUUGUGGAGAUGUUACAAUCCACCCUUGGCCGGGACCCCAACCCUUCUGAGUUAAGCAUUCUUCGAAGGUUAUUCAACGAGAGUUAUGCCAAUGUUGCAGCAGACAUUGAGUCGCAGGUCAAACAGACUGACGAAAGUGUUUCAAGGAAGCUUGCACCAGCAGAGCGUGCAGAACGUUUGAAACUUCAGCAGGCAAAGCUUUCUGGUUUGUCGAUUAGAGGACAGUACGAACCAGCCGAUGCCUUAGUUGACAAGUGCUGCUCAUCUUAUGAAUCAGACCGCAUUUCUUACAUUGAGUGGAGCUUGUGCAUCAGCAGAGAGUAUGAACUUGCGAACAACUCGAAGAAAGAUACUGACCUGACUUUUACCAGUGACGGUAUGCUGAAGCUUGCCCGGACCUCGAAGAUUGAACCAAUGCAAAGCAUGUCUGAGAUCCAAGUGCGUUAUGCUCUUGUUAGGAGAGGACUAGCACUGGACCAGGCAAAUAUCAUGGAAUAUGAAAACCAUGACAAGCUUACUGAACUGUUGUUGGAAGUUCGCAUGCAAGAGCCUCCUUUGGGGUAUCAGAGGGUUUCUAUGAAACAGCUGGAAGCCGCAGACAAGAAGUUUUUCGUUUUGCUUGGUGAGGCUACCCGGUCAGGUAUCAAAGCUAACCAGACUGGACGGCCAUGUGACCAGGCAUUUGCAGGGGUCUUCAACAGCGCAGAGUUUCGACAUUUGUUGCAACCUCGCAUGAAUCAAGGUCGCAAGCGCCGAUCUGAGGUUGGACAAAGCAGUUCAACAAAGUUGAAGUUGGAUGCAACAACCCAAAAGCAGUGGGAUGUUGCGUCUACUGCCCAGGACAGCCAAGUUGCGCUGGCCGAUGAUAGUGGCAUGGAUGACUUGUCUAAGACAGAUUCAGCUGAUGGCAUUUUGCAAGGUGAACGGAAAAAGAAGACAGCAUUUCUUUGCAGCGAAGCUGAGUUCAUGGUUUUGGAAAAAUUUUGUGACGGCACCCACCCCCAUAAACAGUGGGGGUACGACUUCGAAAAGGGCGAGUUCAACACUGCCAAAGAAGCUGAGUAUCCAAAGGCCCUAUGUGAGCAAUAUGCAAAUGUUUUGGAACGACUGGCUUUUGGUUCCAAUUUUCAGCGGGCGACAAUAGACAGGCCUGAAAAGGUACGACCUCAACAGCAAGCAAAGGGUCGCGCUCUGCCACAAAUUAUUCCUGAAUUUGCUGCCGUCCGCACGGUCACCUCCAACGAGAUGCCUCCCAUCAACGACAAAAAGGUGCUGUCUUCGAGUUGGCACUCAAUACCAGCGGGAUCCAAACUUCUUCGAACUGAAGCAAAAAGGGGUGGUAGAGGGAUGCAAGACUUUGUGGAAGUUGCCAAGUCAGAGAUGCUUGGUAUCAUUCUGGAUACGUCCAAACACGGAUGCGUUGUGAUCGACAACAAGGACACUAGAAAAGCUGAGCUUGCUGCCGAGAUCAGAAAGAUCCUGGAGAGAGGGAACAUGGAUGUAGACACUUUACCUUCAGUUUUGGGGCGAGUUCAAUUUGCUGAAAUGAGAAUAUCUGGAAGGCAGGGCAAACUUGCUCUGGCUGACAUCAGGGAGUGGGAACGAUCUGCAAAGAUACAGAAACAGCUUGUGCUGGAUCCAGUUUCAAUGGAGGCCUUUAAGACUUUGCUUGCUAGGGUGACCUCGGGUAAACCCCAACAACUUUCUGCAGAUGUGCCUGAACGACCCGUCAUUAUUUUUACUGAUGGUGCGGUUGAGACAAACGAGAAUGGAAAUGUGGAAGCGACCAUUGGAGGAGUUCUCAUUUACGACAAUACAGUUCAGAUGUUUGGGAACCGAGUGGAUGACGAUGUUUUGAAAGACUGGAUGACCGAGCUUAACCACCCUGUCGGCUUGACAGAAAUGUAUGCGGUGGUGGUGGCCUUGGGUCUUUGGAAAGAUGUGAUGGCUGGUCGCCGUGUUAUUUGUUUUUGUGAUAACUGGACGGCCAUUGAUGUCUUCGUCAAGAGCUCGUCCCCAAUUAGGUGGUGGAGACGAUUGUUGCUGGCACUUGAGAAAAUAGAUGAGAAUCUCAACUGUUUGCUUUGGAUGGCGCGUGUUGCCUCGCCGAGUAAUGUUGCUGACCCUCCAAGCAGAGGACGAUGGGAUCAAGUGGAAUUCAUGAAACCUUUUGUUGUUCGACACCCGAGGUGUCCGAUUACUGGAAAGGCUCUGGAACGUUUGUAA